AUGCUCAACCCUUCGAACGGUCAAACACCCAUCAACUUCCAGCUUCAACCCGUCAACCUCCAAACCGACAAACUUUCAAGUCGCCAACUUUCAAGUCGCCACCCUUCAAGUCGCCAACCUUCAAGUUUGACAACCUUCAAACCAACACGCUUCGAACGGUCAACAACCGUCAACUCAGGCUCGCCAACCUUCAAGUCGACAACCUUCAAACCAACACGCUUCGAACGGUCAACAACCGUCAACUCAGGAACACGCUUCGAACGGUCAACAACCGUCAACUCAGGCUUCAACCCGUCAAAUUCCAAACCAACAACCUUCAAGUCGACAACCUUCAAGUCGACAACCUUCAAACCGACAAGCUUCAAACCAAGAAGCUUCGAACGAUCAACAACCGUCAACUCAAGGUCGGCCGAUGAGACCUCUACCCAUGAUGCAGGUGCCACAGAGCAUCCCAGUGGUCCGUCGGAGCAGGGAACGUCUAAUCCAGUCAACAAUGGUUCGAAGGCCAAAAACCGGAUGCGCCUCGACCCAGCUGUUUUUGACACGAUGAAGCAUCUCCCCUGUGAUCAGUUGCGAAAGAAGAUUGUGGCACAUGCGCGGUACAAACGACUAGUCGCUGAGGACCGUGUCGCACUUGAAGCGGCAUACAACCGAUUUCAAACAGAAGUUCACUUGAUUGCGUUGGAAAGGCUCCUCAAGCUUGACCCAGUUUGGAAGCACAUAGGCGACAGGGCCCGAUUCAGAGGGCCUACUAAUUACAACAACUUUUGUGAAUAUGACAUUGAAGCUCGGAAAGUCUAUUAUGAUGAUAACAUACCUGUACGCCAGCGGAAGAAAGAGUGUGGUCGCCUCUGGAGAUUGCUCGACAAAGCGACCAAACUCAAGUACAAAGAUAUCGACUUCUUGGCUCAACUACCCAAUCCUUUUGGGCGGGGCGAUUGUCCGGGACCCGAUGGCGGAACAUCUCAAGCAUCACGCAAAAAGGCUAGGCGGAGCCGCUUUUUCCGAGAAGCCGAAACCGAACUCUGGAGCCGUAAGGUCAUGCUCGAUUUGAAAAACCUUGGGGCAGCGCACGAUGUUGAAGGAUUUGUAAUGCUCUACAAGAGCAAGGGAACGACAUCCGAGGUCGUCAGCGGUGGUAGCAUAAUGGGGGAACAGUUUGUUGACAUGUGUGCAAAGGAAAAGACAUCGGACAUCGCGGCCAACUUUCUGUCCUUCGCAAGCGGUCAGGAACUGAUUAAGAGGAUGACCGGUAGCACCUCUAAAGUUGUCAAACCUAGGAAACGCCAACGAAGGCUUGGCACGAGUGCAUCUGCAUAUGAUAAGGGUUCCAAAGAAAAAAACUUAGAGGCCGCCAGAGGAAAGUUGAAUGAAGCAAUUAGCAAAGUGACUCACUCUGCAAAAACGGAAUGGCCCGGUAAAACCACCGCAAAUACUUUGAAGAAGCUGGGUGUUACGCUGCGCAUCAAAGAUAACGAGCACGGCAUCACGGUAAAUACUCUCUGCGGGAAGGUGGGGCCGAAGCAAAACGACCAGUUGAAACUUAUCCUUAGGGCUUUCGAAGACGAUCUGGUUGUGCUUACUGGGCCGCCUGCUCCUGAUGCUCCUGCCACUGUGGGUGCCGAUCCAGACGAAGCGACAAACAAUGAACCCAGAACCAGCAGGGAGUUGACCGGUCGAUCAAAGAGGACGGCCAAGAAUGGAGGUAGCAAGGAAGGGGAAGGAAGUGCAGAUGUGGCGCCUGCUAAGAAGAAGCGAUCCACUCACACCAACACGAAUAGCAAAAAACGAAAACGCCCGCGUGAUGAUUCCGACUCAAGUGAUGAAAACGGCACUGGGGACGAUGCGCAACAUGAUAGUGAGGAAGAAGAUGAGGAAGACAUUGAUGAUGACGACGAUGAUGGCGAUGACGACGACGACGACGAUGACAACAACGACGACGACGACGACGAAGACGACGACAUCGAUGAUGAGGAUGAGGACUGA